AUGGGUCUUUCUGAAUUCUUUUCCAGCUUUGUUCCUACCGUUUUUGCCGAUGAAGAGCCUCAAGAGGAGCAACCUGUUGAGGAACAAGAAGAAGUUGUAGAAGAAGAAGAAGAAGAAGAAGAACCCGAAGAUCCCAAACCUGAAAUUAUGGAAGCCUGUGCCGACCAAUGUGCUGCCUUGAAGAAGCACCUCGAUGAAUGCAAUGAACGUGUCGAAAAUGGCUCCAAUGAAAACUGUGUUGAAGAAUUCUUUCACUUUAUGCACUGUGCUGAUGAAUGCGCUGCUCCCAAGAUUUUUGCUGCUACCAAAUAA